AUGUUUCAACUUGCAAAAUAUAACUUAAGAUCAUUUCGUUUGUCAAAUAUUACUACGACAUAUGUGCGUUUUUCAACAUCGAAUUAUAAUUCUUUAUCAGAAUCUGAAUUAAAAUCAAUUCCUAUUCAAGGUGUUAUUAAACAGCCAGUUAAUUCUUCUAUCUUUCAACCUUAUGAUGUCGUUGUUGUUGGUGGCGGUCAUGCCGGUUGUGAAGCUGCACAUGCUGCUGCACGAAUGGGUGUUCGGACACUUCUAAUAACUCAUAAAUUAGAAACAAUUGGUGAGAUGUCUUGUAAUCCAUCGUUUGGUGGUAUUGGUAAAGGACAUUUAAUGCGUGAAAUUGAUGCUCUUGAUGGAUUAUGUGCUCGUCUUUGUGAUAAAACAGGUGUUCAUUAUAAAGUUCUUAAUCGAAGUAAAGGUCGAGCUGUAUGGGGAUAUCGAGCACAAAUUGAUCGGAAAUUAUAUAAACAAGCUAUGCAAAAUGAAAUACUUAAUACACAAAAUUUACAUGUUAUGGCUGCAGCUGUACGUGAUAUUGUUAUUGAUAAAGAACAAUCACGUAUAACUGGUAUCACACUUGAUAAUCAUUGUUUAAUUCCUACUCAAUCCGUCAUUAUAACAACUGGAACAUUUUUACGUGGAUGUAUUAAUCUUGGUAUGGAUGAACAAAAACCAGCUGGAAGAAUUAAUGAUCAACCAGCCAUUGAUUUAGCUAAAUCAAUCGAAGAACUUGGAUUUAAAAUGGGUCGAUUAAAAACCGGUACACCAGCUCGAUUAGAAACAAAAACAAUAGAUUUUAGUAAAACUAUAACACAUAAAGGUGAUAAUCCACCAUUACCAUUUUCAUUUCUAAAUAAACAUGUUUGGAUAAAACCUGAUGAACAAUUAAAUUGUCAUUUAACAAUGACAACAUCUCAAUUAGCUGAUAUUGUUCGUAAAAAUGCUCAUUUAAGUCGACAUGUUACACAAGAUACUCAAGGUCCACGUUAUUGUCCAUCAAUUGAAUCAAAAAUUCUUCGUUUUAAAAAUCAAACACAUCCAGUUUGGCUUGAACCUGAAGGUUUUGAUUCUGAUUUAACUUAUCCACAAGGUUUAAGUUGUACAUUACCUAUUGAUAUUCAAUUACGUAUGCUUCGUACAAUACCAUCUCUUGAAAAUGUGAAUAUGGUUCGACCAGGUUAUGGAGUUGAAUAUGAUUAUAUUGAUCCAAGAGAAGUUAAACCAAGUUUAGAAACAAAACGUGUUACGAAUCUUUUCUUUGCUGGACAAAUUAAUGGAACAACUGGAUAUGAAGAAGCUGCAGCACAAGGAAUCAUUGCUGGAAUUAAUAGUGCAUGUAAAGUAUUGAAUAAACCAAUGUUUACAAUUAGUCGAGGUGAAGGAUAUAUUGGUGUUAUGAUUGAUGAUUUAACAUUGCAUGGUACAAGUGAACCAUAUAGAAUGUUUACAGCACGAAGUGAAUAUCGUUUAUCUCUUCGUGCAGAUAAUGCUGAUCUUCGUUUGACACAAUCUGGAUAUGAUAUUGGUUGUGUAAGUGAGCAACGUUAUAAUCAAUUUCAAUCGUUUAAAAAAAAUUAUGAUCAAGCAAAAGAAUGUUUACAAAAUCUUAAAAAACCAAUACAUGUUUGGCGCCAUUUAUUAACUUCACCACCAGAAUUAAAUCCAAGUCGAGAUGAAACAAUUAAAUCACUUUAUUCACUUGUUCAUCAAGCACCUUACAUGAUGGAUAAUGAAAAAUGGCUUGCUCUCGUACCUGAUGAUCAAAAUGUACGUUCAAUGCUUUUAUCUGAUAAUGAAUUAUGUGAACGUUUAUGUCUUGAUGCUGUUUAUGAACAUUUAACAAAAAGACAAAAAAAUGAGAUUGAUGAAGUUAAACGAGAUGAAUCAUUUAUUAUUCCAGAUUCAUUUGAUUAUCAAAUAUUACAAAUAUCAAAUGAAGCGAAACAAAGAUUAGAAGAAGUACGACCAACAACAUUAGGUUCAGCUAGUCGAAUACCAGGUAUUACACCAGCAACAAUAUUUAGUUUAUUAAGAGCAUUAAAACGACAAUCACAAACAUCUAUUUUUAAUGUUUAG